AUGGCUCAGAAAUGGGCAGUUCUGGCUGUGCUCCUUUUCUUGCCAAUCAAUCUGGUUGAAGCUCACAACAGGGUGACUGUGGAGGCUGGCUCGGAAGCGGUGCUGAGUUGCCCCAAAAUCUUCAAGGUGCCUUCACUGCUGGUGAUGUGGAAGAGGAAUUGCACAAGUUGCUGCUUUUUAUCCUAUAGAAAGGAUCACAAUAAGACAAGCAGUCUGAACUGCAGUAAGAGUAUCACGUUGAAAUAUUCACCUGGCAGUGACCCUGCACUCCGUAUUUACCCUGUGCACCUCAGGGAUGAGGGAAUUUACACCUGUGAACUUGCCAACACUGAAGGGAAUUUUCAGUUUGUCUCUUCUCUGACUGUGAUAGUCCCUCCUACGGUUACUCUGACCCAUGACAAGAGCAGGGUGGCUGUGUGCCAGGCAUCUGCAGGAAAGCCAGCUGCUGACAUCUCCUGGAUCCCUGCAAGCAAUCACAGCUCUGAGGAAGAAUUCCAUCACCCCAGUGGAACAGUGACCAGAGUGAGCUACUUUGGCUGGGCCAACAGCUCAUUUCCCUCUGUCACCUGCCUGGUCACCCACGCAGCCAUGAACCAGACUCUGGUCAUGGACCUGAGAUACACCUCCCCUACGCUUCUCUACAUCCUGACAGGAGCAGCUGCAGGUGCCAUUGCUGUCACUGGUCUGACUUUAUGCUUGACAUUCAUAUGCAGAGCUUGCUGGUUACGUGGACGGGCACAGGGCCCAGCAGAACACUUUACAACUAGAGCCUCGAAGUUCCCACCUUCACAUGCAACAAGAGCAGCAGUCGAGCCUCCUGACUUUCCAGAGAGCAUCUAUGUGAAUUACAAACCAAGAUCUAUUUAUCUAUACUUAGAAGAGUGUAGGCACAAGUAG